AAGCACAACUGGUUUGUUUUUAAUAAUUUAUCAAUCAUCAUUGUGCAGAUAUUAACCAGACGUAUAUUUCUGAGCCAUACAUUAUACAUAUAAUAUAAAAACUAUUAAACAACGGUAUAUACUAUAUAUUAAUAUUUGACCCAAUCAAACAACGAUUUUUUAUAAUAUAAAGAGCUGACAAUAAGCUUGUCCAAGUCGGCAACUAGAACCAAUAAAACACGUAAGGGAACGAUAUGAAGUCGAAAUUCAAACUAUCCUAUUCCGUUGGUACAUGACUAUGACUCAUAGAACAAAUUUAAAAAGUAUAAAACCAACCACUUACCCAGCAACUUCUAAGCAAAGUCCCAACGAAUAUAUAAAGCGAACUCUCAAGCUAAUCAUCUCUGAUCAUUCACAAUACCGGGCGUGAAGAAGACAAGAACAUGGAGCAAAAGAUCCUGAUAAGAGUCUCUAUGACUGAUGAUAAGACACGAGCAAAGGCAAUGAAAACUGCCGUUCAGUUCAAAGGCGUGUCAGGUGCGGAAAUAAAGGGAGAUCACAGGAACCAGAUUGAAGUGACCGGUGUUGAAGUCGAUAUGAUCUGUCUAACCAACACACUAAGAAAGAAGGUAGCCUUUGCGGAGCUUGUAAGCGUAAACAAAGUUGAACCACCCAAGAAACCCGAGGAGAAAAAACCAGAGCCAUGUUAUCAACCAUGGCAUUAUGCCGUAUAUGGUGUGCCAUCUUCCUAUCCACACCCGUGUGAUCCCUACGGGUAUAACGGGAAGGGCUAUACCGAGGAACCCGUCUACAAUCAAGAACCCAAUUGCAAUAUCAUGUGAGAAGACUAAUGGAAGAGACAACACAGUGUUCUUUAGUACUUGUAUAUUAUGAUAUUUAAAAUAAUAUAUUAUACAUUUUUAGUAAAUUGUUAUACUCCCUCCAUUUCAAAUAUAAGAUGUUUUAGAAGUUUAUGUUGUU